AAAGGAAGCCAGUAAGGAAGCCAGUGAGGAAGCCAGUGAGGAAACCAGUGAGGAAGCCUGCAAGGAAGCCAGUAAGGAAGCCAACAAGAAAGCAAGUAAGGAAGCCAGUAAGGAAGCCAGUGAGGAAGCCAGUGAGGAAGCCAGUGAGGAAGCCAGUGAAGAAGCCAGUGAGGAAGCCAGCAUGGAAGCCAGUAAGGAAGCCAGUAAGGGAGCUAAUAAGGAAGCCAGCAAGGAAGCCAGCAAGGAAGCCAGUAAGGAAGCCAGUGAGGAAGCCAGUAAGGAAGCCAGUAAGGAAGCCAGAAAGGAAGCCAGUAAGGAAGCCAGAAAGGAAGCCAGUAAGGAAGCCAGAAAGGAAGCCAGUAAGGAAGCCAGCAAGGAAGCCAGUAAGGAAGCCAGUAAGGAAGCCAGUAGGGAAGCCAGUGAGGAAGCCAGUAAGGAAGCCAGCAAGGAAGCCAGCAAGGAAGCCAGUAAGGAAGCCAGUAAGGAAGCCAGUGAGAAAGCCAGUGAGGAAGCCCAUGAGGAAGCCAGCAAGGAAGCCAGCAAGGAAGCCAGUAAGGAAGCCAGUGAGGAAGCCAGUGAGAAAGCCAGUGAGGAAACCAGUGAGGAAGCCAGUGAGGAAGCCAGUAAGGAAGCCAGCAAGGAAGCCAGUAAGGAAGCCAGCAAGGAAGCCAGUAAGGAAGCCAGAAAGGAAGCCAGUAAGGAAGCCAGCAAGGAAGCCAGUAAGGAAGCCAGCAAGGAAGCCAGUAAGGAAGCCAGUAAGGAAGCCAGUGAGGAAGCCAUGAGGAAGCUAGUAAGGAAGCCAGCAAGGAAGCCAGCAAGGAAGCCAGUAAGGAAGCCAGUAAGGAAGCCAGUGAGAAAGCCAGUGAGGAAGCCCGUGAGGAAGCCAGUGAGGAAGCCAGUGAGGAAGCCACCCAGUCAGCCUUCAUCGAGGCUCUGUGUUCCCUCUUCUAGCCCAGUCAGCCUUCAUCGAGGCUCUGUGUUCCCUCCUCUAGCCCAGUCAGCCUUCAUCAGACUCUGUGUUCCCUCUUCUAGCCCAGUCAGCCUUCAUCGAGGCUCUGUGUUCCCUCUUCUAGCCCAGUCAGCCUUCAUCGAGGCUCUGUGUUCCCUCUUCUAG